AUGAAAAAACAUGAGAACCCGUGGUCUACGGACCCUAUUGGAAAGAACCGAGAAAUAGUUUGGUUCUUUAGCGUUCAGUCGAAAUUGAAAGAUAACAUGAUGGAAAUAUUCGUUCCAUGGAACGAAUCCAAUUUGGUGAGAUUGCUAAGUCAAAUAUUUUCUGGUCGAGAAAGUGUUGUUAAGCUUUUUGACUUUCGGAUUCUUAGUACAUUACUUAUACGGGAUAUACGUAUAUUUAUUUUAAAAGGGCAAGCAAUAAAAGCUGUAAUGAUAAUAGCAUUACCAUUACUUUUCUAUUUUUUAAAUACUCGAGCUUUAAUUGAAAGAGACAAAUCAUCAUAUAAUUUGAUGAAGAUAUUUCCAUCUGUACAACAUUUUGGGGCUAGAAAGAAAAAUUUGUUGCUUGUUCCGCAUCUUUUUAUGUCUUUGCCAAAAGGCAAAAGGAGAUAUCAACGUUGCUUGCUCAAUCCAAAAGAACAUGUUUGGAUUUUAUCAAGUUCUAACACAAAUCUGAAUCAGAUAGAUGAUAGAAUAUCUGAGAAGCAAGAAACAAUAAGUUGGGAAAGUCCUUCGGAGAAGGAAUCGAAUGGCGUCGAAUGGGAGAUUGAUUCAUCUUUUAAUUCGAUUCCAAACGAAUAUUGGGAACCUGAAAAAGAACCUGAAAACCUUUAUGAAUGGAGGGAAUCGAUAAUUCAUAAAAACGAAAUUAUUGAGGGACUAGAAAACGAAAUUGAGCAACUAGAAAAAAAAUUAGUUCAAACAGAAGAAUUUGAUUUCUCUUCAAGAUCAGAAGAUUCCAUAAUUUCAGAAAGGAAAGAAAGAGUUGAAGAAAUCGAAAACUACAAAGAGCAACUGCAAAAAAUCAAGGAAAUAAGGGAUAAAUGUAAGAAAAUAUUGGAAGAAAUGUUCCAAGAAAAAAUGGAACAAGAAAAAAUGGAACAAGAAGAAUCAGAUCGAAUAAGAGAAUCUUAUUCCUUUUCAGAAUCGGAAUUUUUCAAAGGGUUCUUUGAUGAUUUGUCAAUAGAUGAAUCAUCUAUAAGUAUUAAUUAUACUAAGAAACCCAGUGAAAAAUUCAAAUUGUUGAAAGGGCGGCAAGACGCUUUUCAAUAUUUCAGGGGAUUAGAAAAGAAUAGAAUAGUUGAUCUAUGGAAGGUUAAAACAUUUCUUAAAAAUCCUUCUGUAAAUUAUGAUAUUUUAUCAGAUUCCGGAUGGAAUCUCAGAAAAGAGAUAAACCAAUUAAAUUGUAUUCGAUUUCUGAAUCAGAAUUUAUCUUCAAGAUCUUCUUCAUCCUGUGAUCAAAAUAAAGAAGAAUUAACAUUAAAUGAUGAUUUUCAAUUGAAAAAAUUUGUUCUUAAAAUAACGGAUCAAUUUACUCUAUCAAUAACUAAGCCUAAUCAGGGUUACUAUAAUGAAAUUGUCCUGGAUGUGGAUUAUCGCAUGAAUGAAUUAUAUGAACUUAACAAGAAUAUAUUAUUGAACAAGAUCUUCAAUUACAGAGAUAAAUUAAAGCAUCAUUCUUUCUUUAUGCUACUCAAUAUUCUUGAUAAAGAUAAUAAAUAUACAAAUCAAAUAGCAAAGGAUGAUAACAUCAAAAUUUUCAUUCAACUAAUAUUGAAUAAAUACAAGAUUCAAAUUGACGAGCAUUUUGAAAAAACGUUUAAGAGAUUCCAUUUGUUGAAGAACGUCUUUUUAUCAAAAGUAUUUAAUGAAUACUCUAAGUAUUCUUUAAAAUCAGAUUCUGUAUUGGACGAUUUAGAAUCUGAAACUGCAUUGGACGAUUUAGAAUCCGAAACUGUACUGGAUGAGUAUGCUUUUUCAAAAUCGUUCCAGAAGUAUUAUUUGGAAUGGAAAAAAGUAUUGAAAAGAUUCUAUAUUGAAUUCGUAAAAACAUUCAAUAGAUAUUCUUUUCAAUUGACAAAAGUAUGGAAUAAAUACUAUUUGGAAUUACAAAAAGUAUGGAAUAAAUACUAUUUGGAAUUACAAAAAGUAUGGAAUAAAUACUAUUUGGAAUUACAAAAAGUAUGGAAUAAAUACUAUUUGGAAUUACAAAAAGUAUGGAAUAAAUACUAUUUGGAAUUCAAUUUUGAAUUACGAAAAAUAUUAAAUAGAAUCUAUUUAAUCAAAACAUUAAGUCGCAAUUUAAAAGAUCCAAUUCGAACAAAUUGGAUAAAAUUGAAUAAUGUAACGCAAGAUACAAUUACCCAGCAUUCAUCAAGUUGGAGAAAAUGUCAGAAAGAAUGGUUCAAUCGCUCUAUUUUUCGAACUGUUGAAAAUCAAAAUCGGAAUUUGAACGCUUUUGUAUUGUCCAUUCAGAUCGAAAUAUUUCAAAAAAGAUUAGAAUAUGUUUUGUCCAUUUCCAAACAAAACAAUUUAAAAAAUAGAGUGUUCGAUCCAAUUGAAUUAUGGACUACUCAACAUUGGGGUUGGUUUGGAAAUCCCAAUAAAAUUUUUGAUAAUAAAAUUUAUAAGAUUAUCUCGGACGAGAUUAAUAUCAAUCCGAUUGAAAAUGAAAAAAAAUCUAAAUCAAUUCCUAAUCUUGAAUCCUUGAUCGAUGAACAAACAAUAUCACCAUUAGGUUUGAAUGAGAAACCGAUAAUUGAAUCGAUUAUUGAUGUAUUCGAUAAUGGAAAAAAUUACAUGGAAUUAUUGAAUAACGCGGGUCUUUCGGCAAUAUUCGAUGAUCGAGACAAUUGGUUGAAUCCUUUAAAACUCUCUAAUCAAAAUUCAUUGAGAGCUUCUUUUUACAAAGCAAAUACAUUUGAAUUUUUAGAUUAUUUACACCGUCCUCGUUUAAAUUAUAAAAAAAGAUUAGCUUCUUACAUGGAGAGGAUUCAUAUCAAAAAUAAGAAUGUAACAUAUGGACAAUUAUUAAAUUUAGUUCCCAAUUUAGUUCCGAUUCAUAACAAUCUGUUUUCUUUGUGUAUUGGUGAGAUGAGAGCUGUGUACUCAGAGAAAGAAACUAUCUCACUCAUAAAGUCACAAGUAAAUCGAUUAUUGGAUCAAUAUUUACGUGACCAAGCGCUAAUCCAUGAUUUGCAUAAAUCGUCUAAUUUACUUAAUAAAUUGAACUCUAUUAUUCAUAGUAAUAUAGAUUUUUUAUCGAUUGAAGAUAUUUAUAAAACUCCUUUAAUAAGCCCACAAAUUGUCAAUUUUGACAAAAACUCUUGCUAUCCUUUUUUAAAUAGUUCAGAUUCAGAAGAAAACACCUGUAACCAAUAUUUUAAAAACAGUUUUAGUUCCAACAUAGAUCUUAUUCAAACUUCUUACCAAGAUGAUCUACUGUCCGAAAUAUCUUUGCGAAUGAAUCAAUUUGCAGAAAAAGAAAAAUAUAGUUCAACAGAAAGUUUGAACCACAUAAUGGAAGACAAAACCAUAGGUGACUUUUUCAAUAAAGAAAAAAUAAAGUUUUUCUUUUCAGAACUAAAGUUCUUAGUUUCUUUUAAGACCCUUCAAAUAAAUAUUCUUUUUGAGAAAUGGGGUCUGUUUCAAACAUAUAGGGCAUGGUUAUGGCUUUUUACUUCCACAGGUUGGAAAUAUACUAAAAAUAUGUUUUUAGCUACUUUUCCGGAAAUACCAAUAAAUAGUAGUGAUCAGUUGGUAUCAAUCCUGCACAAUAUUAGGCAAAAUUCGGAUCACAAUUUGGAUAUUUUGUGGGCACUUUAUCAUCAAUUUUGGAGACUUUUAAAGUGGGAAUUUAGAGAGAAAAUUCUCCCGAAAUUGAAUCUUUUGUUAUCCCAUUUGGAUGUUUCCAAUUUAUUGAAAUCAAUAAAUAAAACAGUAGUUGAGGGAAAGGAUACGUCAAUAUCAUUUGAUACAUGGAAAUAUAUACUCAAUGUUCGGGAAUAUGAUAUUUUUCUUUGUAUCUUCAUUGGAUUUUUCUUUUAUAUUUCUUGCAUAAUUCCCUUAUUGUUGGUUCAGUUUUAUAGGAACUUCUAUCUCAUCAAAGUUUUGCAGUAUAAUUACUCCUGCUUUAACGGAGUAGGAGAAAUGAUUAGAUCUUUUAGAAUGCUUAGAAAUUUUUCUAAUUUAAAUUGGUAUGGUUCUUGGCUUACAUUUCUGGACUAUAUCGAGAUGGAAUCGGAUCCUGAUGAUAUAGGAUUAUUGCUACUAUUGAAAAUUUGGUAUGUCAAAAAUAUUAAAUGGCGUUUAAAAGACUCUAGUCAAUUUCACUCAAUUGUAAAAACAAUUUUGUACGAAUUUGAAGUGGAUGAUUUCCUUUUGAGAGAAAAUAGAUUGUUUUUAAUACAAGAACAAAUCUCUUACUUUGAAUCGAAGUUAACCCCCCCUAUUGGUUUCUUUCAUGAAUAUUUUGAAAAAAGAGAACAGCCGGGACUUCUUUACUUUCGAUAUUUAGCUGAAUUUAUUCAGCUAGGCCUAACUCAUAGAAUAGGCCUAAUGAACUCCGAAUUAAAUUCAUUGUUUUUAGCAGAAAUGCCGAUCUUCGCUGCUUUUUAUCAGAAGAUUACUUCGAUGCCAAUUCACUCAUCUUUAUCUGACCAAGUGAGAUUUUACCCACUCUACCCGGUACCGUCCCUUUCGAAUCGAAUUUUGCUGAUAGGGCCUAAGGAAACUGGACGAUCGUACUUGGCUAAAAGUUUAGCAGCAGAUUCUUAUUUACCUUUAAUAAGAAUAUCUCCUAAAAGUUUUUUGAGGCAGCAGAAACUUCUGUCUCGCUAUGAACCCGAGUAUACAUCUUCAGCUAAAAAAUCAUACCUUGAGCAUGAAAAUAUCCUUAGGUCUCUCGGCUGGUCAGGCAGGCCAAAAGACGUAUAUGAAAAAGCGCAUUAUGAUAGAAAACCCCAUAAGUUUUUGUAUGACCGAGUAGGGGAUCCUAACCCUCCAGAGUAUUUUGCGAGAAGAGUAAUCCAAUUCGUGUUUGCACUCAAAUUGGCAAAAUUGAUGUCUCCUUGCGUCAUAUGGAUUCCAAGCAUUCAUGAACUGAAUGAUUAUUUCUUCCUUAUUGCAUUAUUGAUAGAACUCCUCGGGGAUCCAUAUAAUGCGAUUGAUGGUGAAAAAGAAGCCACCAUCAAACAAAAUAUUGUUGUUAUUGCUUCAACUCAUAUUCCAAAAAAAAUUGAUCCAGUUCUAAUAACUCCUCCUCGUAGUAAACGAAGAUUCGAUACAUUUAUUAACACUAAAAAGUUGCCUGCCCCACAUCGAGAAAAAGAAUUUCCUUUGCUUUUACGUAACAAAGGGCUCUACUUGAGAAAAGAGUGGAACUGCUAUGAUGAAUUUGGAUUAACUACCAAAGGCUUUACUACGCGAGAUCUAGCAAAACUUGCUGAUGAAAUAUUUCUAAUUAGCAGGAGCCAAAAUACUUCAGCUAUAGACAAUGAUAUAAUUGGGGUAGCUUUGUAUAGAUCAAAUUGGGGUCCUUGCAAUUAUAAUCUGAAAUUCAGUGAAUUUUUUAAAGGACUUCCCUAUAAGAUAGGGAAAGCUAUUAUACAAAAUAAAUUAACGUAUUUAAAAAAUUCCCUAAGGCUUACUCUAGAUUUCCAGGGUCGAAGGGCAAACUAUUUGCAUCAAUGGUAUUUAGAACCUUCAAUUGCCGGAACAGCUGCGAAAGAGUUUACCAUAUUCUAUCAUAUUUUGGGUUGCUUGGCCGGAUCAGUAGCUCAAGAUUGUUGGUUUCUAUCGGAAUCAAAUUCCGAGAAUUGGAGUCCUUUUGAUCCUUUCAUUGAGAAUGAUUUCAUUCUAGCUUCGAGUCUUUUACAGGGUCUUCUGGAAGAGUUUCCAUCGUUGGCAAUAUAUCGGGGUAAUUCUGAUUACAUCACAAUUGCUCCUCAGUUCAAAAGAGAUACGAUGCAAAAAGGAUUAUCUUCUAUACUAGAUAAAAUCGUUUUAUCUAAAGAAUUAAGAAAUUCCUACGGAGAAGAAGAGGAAACUCCUAUAGUUUGUGAUUCUAGGACCUGGCGUUUUAGUUUUAUUCGCAGCAAUCGAUUCGAGCAUAUCAAAGAUAUAACAAUAGACAAUCCUUUAUUGGAUUAUCUUCAUCUGUUUGGAAGGUUUCAAGAAAGACCGACCCGCCUUUCUAGUUUGUAUUGGAAGAAAUUUCUGAUGUCUGGUCCCGACUUCCGGCCUCUUUAUGCUGCGAAGGACGAUAUUCUAGAAAGAAAGACAGCUGCUUUCUGGGAAGCAAAAUUCUUAUACAAUAAGUUUCAAAGGAUGGGAAUAUAUCAAUUUGACACAGAAGAGUAUGCAACGGAGUAUAAACCUUUAAAUACGCCAGUAAUCUAUCUAGCUCGUCGAUUUCUUUGGGAUCCCGUGAGUAUUCGCUUUCUAAAUAAGCACCCUGGUUUUGAACGAAGAGAACUUUUUGUUACUAAAGAACUCGUGAAGAGUAUUUAUCUUACUUAUUCUUCAACAAGGGACCUAAAAUUCAGUAUUAAAAAAACGUUAAAGGCUAUUCUAAAGCGUAAAAAGGUGAGAAAAAUAGCCCUAGGAAUGAAAAUUCAGACUAAUGAUGACGAUUUACCUCUUAACAUUAAAAUGGAAGAAAAAGAAAAUUUUGAAAGUUUCAAACGCUUUCAAGAAAUUGGUAUCCGAUUGAGACGUGUAUUACCAUAUUCCCAAUCGGUGAUAAGUGAACGUUGGUUCCGUGAAAAAACACGGGAUGAUAAGUUUAAGCAACGUUUGCUCAAGGGAGAAAGGGAAAAUAGAGAUUUAUUAUUUAAUGAAUCUCUUAUUUAUAAAACUCUAUCCGAAAGUCAUGAAUAUUUAUCAAAUUUAUUCUUCUCUAAUAGAAUGUUAUUUAAACAAAUGAUCGAUACAUUGUUAAAAACAAAAUGGCUUUCUCCGAAUGCCAUUGAUUGCUUAUUAGUGGAAGGAUUGAAUAAGAAUAAAAAAGCCUAG